AGAAAAACAAGAGAUAAAGCAAUGGAAAUCAAUGGAAUUGUUCAAUCUCUUGAGAACAAGAUCAUCCUUGUCACUGGUUCUACUGGAUAUCUAGCAAAAUGCAGUGUUUGUGGAGAAGUUACUUAGGCUUCAGCCUGGAGUGAAGCAUCUAUUUCUUCUUUUAACAGCUUUUGAUGCAUCUGUUUCAUUUGUGGAGAAGUUACUUAGGCUCCGCUACUCAGCGUCUGCAUAAUGAUGUGAUGGGCAAGGAAGUGUUUAGAGUAUUAAGAAAAAAACAUGGUGUUGGGUUCGAUUCCUUUAUAUCCGAAAAAGUAACACCUUUUUUUGGGGAUGUCAGUCUAGAAAAUUUGGGAAUAAAAGACUCUGACUUGGAAAAGAAGAUGCAUAAAGAAAUCAAUAUUGUUGCAAAUUUUGCUGCAGCUACAACUUUUCAAGAAAGAUACGAUGUGGCGUUGGCUGUGAACACAAUGGGACCUAAGCAUGUUUUAAAUUUCACAGAAAAGUGUGAAAACCUGGAGAUGAUUCUCCAUGCAUCUACAGCUUUUGUAUGUAUCAGAGAGACGCCCGGAGUUAAAUUAGAGACAUAUCUCAAUCAAAUAUUCAAGGAAUCCUCAAAGUUUCUAGACGUAAUUGAAGAAGAGAAAAAAUUGGUGCAACAAAGAUUGGAUGAACUCAAAGUCGCACGAGUGUCGAAGAAACAAGAGACUGCUGCAAUGAUAGAACUUGGACUUGAAAGAGCUAAACUAUACGGAUGGCCAAACACAUAUGUGUUUAUGAAGGCACUGGGAGAAAUGACAAUUGGUCGACAGUUGGAAAGAAAUUUUCCUGUUGUUAUCGUAAGGCCUACAGCUGUAACUAGCACUUACAGAGAGCCAUUCCCUGGGUGGAUAGAAGGAUUCAAAUCACUUGACCCCGUAGUAAUUAGUAUUGGAAGAGGAAAGUUACCUUGUUUUAUUGGGGACCAUGAUCAGUCAUUCAUUGACAUUAUACCAGGAGAUAUGGUGGUGAAUGCUAUAGUAGUGGCAAUGGUGAAUCACCUAAAGACUAAUAUUAAUCACAAUUUCUCUCGCGGUGACAAAGAUAUUAUCUACCAUAUAGGUAGUUCUACACACACAGAGCCGCUCCUUAACCUGUUGGAAUACGCUUAUGAUUAUUUCCGCCAAAAUCCAUUGAUGGGUGGAGGUAUGGAUGAAAUUGUAAAGCCUGUUUUCUUCCCCACCAUGUCUAGCUUCCAAGAGCACAUCCAUAACAACUAUGUGGUUCCUAUGAAGGAGCAAAAAGUUCAAUUUGCAAAGCGGUGGGCUGAAAUUUAUGAACGAUACGUGCUUCUGAAAGUUACUUUUGAUACUUCGGCCACCGAUCAAUUAAGGAUGUGGAUGAAAGCGCACUGUGGACCUGAAGAAGCAGUUAUACUUGAUUUCGAUCCGAAACAAAUAAAUUGGAAAGAGUACAUGAUGAACAGUCAUAUUCCUGGUCUGAUGAAAUAUGUUGUCAAAUCACAUGCAGGAUAUAAUAGCAAGUUAUAAAUUCAAUCAAAUUCUGAUGCUGGCCUAAAGGGUCGAAAUUAAGGUAUAUAUAUAUAAGGGAUAAUAUCCGGUUACGUAAUUGUGUUUGUGGUUCAUUAUCUAGUGUAGUAGUUUAUGUGUUUAACGCUCUUACCAAUGGGCAAUAAUACAAUGUAAUAAUAAAAAUUCUAAUUAAAAUGUAUCCUUCUUUUGUUUCUAAUCAAUCCUGUUAUAGUGGCCGCAAGUUCCAUU